CUGAACUGCCUGCACAUUGGUUCUCUUCUCUCCAUAUAAACCUUAGAACCCUUCAAUCUUCUCCUAUGCUUUCUCACCAAAAAAAAAAAAAAAGCAGAACCAAAAGCCUUUUCUGAGAGCUAUGGAUUCAGAUUGGAAAAAUCUGCCUAACCACCUUCUGGAUUUAGUGUUAGAGAAACUUGCAUCGGAUGACUUUUUGAGAUUCAGUCUUGUUUGUAUGUCAUGGAGUAGUGUAACAAAGGAUAAUCCUCGACGGCCAGCCCCAAUGCUCUUAGUUUCCAGUUGUGGCAAACAGGAUACAUGGAAUGUAUACAACGUCGAGAAGGAUAAGGUUUAUGAUUUACAAUUAAGGUUGCCGAACAAACGAUUUUGUGGGUCUUCAAAAGGAUGGCUUGUAACCGUCGAUGAAACUUUCGCGGUGACCUUAAUGAAUCCGUUCGCAAGGAUUCAAGGAUGUGAAGAGAAUGAAAAUUCAAUCAUUCGCCUUCCUUCACUGAUGCCUCCUUGUCCUACACGCACCGACUACUGGGCUCGACGAUACGACCGUUAUGUUCACAAGGCUACUAUUUCAGCAGAUCCGGUUUUAAAUGCAGAUGAAUGUAUUGUUGAGGUCAUAUUCGGGGAUGGUUGUCUAUUGGCUUCUGUUAGACUUGGUAAAGAUAAAACUUGGACCUAUCGUGAACAUAGGACGCGGCACUUCAUUGAUGAUUUUGUUCAUGUUGGAGAUAAAGUUUAUUGCGUCAAUACGUCUGGUAGACUUAACCUAGAUGGGAAAAUUAUUGAACAACGUAUAGUUCGCAAGAGGUAUCUCGUGGAUCUCAACGGGAAAGAAGUUUUAAUGGUGAAAAGGUGCUUCAAGAUGGAAAAAAAAAGGAUCAGACGGCGAUACCCCAGCUUUGUGACACAAAAAUUUGAAAUUUUUAAAUGGAACUUUGAAGAAAGUAAGUGGAUCGAGAUGAAAAGUUUGGGUGAUGUUGCUCUCUUUGUGGGGGCUAACGAUUCGGCAUCUGUUUUGACCUCAAAGUUACCAGGAUGUCAACCGGAUUGCAUAUACUUCAACUCAGAUUGGCAUUGUGUAGAAUGGAAUCGCCAAGACUAUGGUGUGUACAACUUAAAGACUCACAGCAUUUCAAAGCCUUACACCCCACCUGCUUUGACACUAUUGAAUAUGACCAAGCAAAAGUCAAUCUGGUUUCUUCCAACUCUUCGGUCGUGAAUUAAUGCUCCUUCCAUCUCCUCUUCUUUUAUUCUUCUUCUAUCUGUAACUUGAUGGUCUUACUCUUGUUCUUCUUCUACUAUUAUUCUAAUUUCCAGAUCCAAAUUUUAUUGUUGAA